AUGGCAGCUAAUACAGGAAAAUUGGCUGGAAAGACGCUGUUUAUAACUGGAGCCAGUCGAGGGAUUGGUAAGGCCAUAGCCUUGAAAGCAGCUAAAGAUGGUGCAAAUAUAGUAAUAGCUGCUAAAACUGCGAAACCACAUCCAAAAUUACCUGGUACCAUUUACUCUGCUGCAGAGGAGGUUGAGAAGUUAGGUGGUAAAUGUCUACCCUGUAUAGUGGAUAUAAGGAAUGAGGAUGAAGUUAAUAAAGCUGUAGAAGAGAGUGUAGCUAAGUUUGGUGGAAUAGAUAUCCUAGUGAACAAUGCCAGUGCCAUCAGCCUUACCAAUACACAAGAUACUCCCAUGAAGAAAUUUGAUUUAAUGAUGGGUAUUAAUACUAGAGGAACAUAUUUAUGCUCUAGAGUUUGUCAUCCAUAUUUAAAGAAUGGUAAAAAUCCACAUAUUUUAAAUCUGAGUCCUCCAUUAAAUUUAAAUCCUAUAUGGUUCAGAGGUCAUGUAGCAUACACCAUGGCUAAAUAUGGUAUGUCUAUGUGUGUUUUGGGUAUGGCAGAAGAGUUUAAGAAUGAUGGUAUAGCUGUCAAUGCAUUAUGGCCCAGAACAGCUAUCUAUACAGCAGCCAUGGAGAUGUUGGGAGGUGGUAAAGAGGUACAGGCUCAAUGUCGUACAGUAGAUAUUAUAUCUGAUGCAGCCUAUAUCAUGUUAACUAAGGACAGUAAAAGUUAUACGGGUAAUUUUGCUAUAGAUGAUGAAGUUGUGAGAGAUGCUGGUAUAACUGAUCUAGAACAGUAUUCUUGUGUACCAGGCUCCACAUUGUUACCAGAUUUCUUCUUAGACUCUGAAGAUCCAGAAGCUCUCCACAAACAAAUGGUAGAUCAGGGUGCUAAGCCUGCAUUUAAACCAUCUGCUAGCUCAUCCUCUGGAGAUGGUCCUGCUAAAACCUUUCAACAAGUCAAAUCAUUACUGAGCGAAGAUUUAGUUAAAUCUAUUAAUGGAACAUUCCAGUUUAAUUUAUCAGGAGACUACCCUGGUACAUGGUACAUGGAUUUAAAGAAUGGGUCCGGAGCUGUGGGUGAGGGAGAGAUUCCAGGGGGUGAUGCUACCUGUACUAUGAGCCUAGACAGCACAGAUUUCACCAAGAUGUUCAGUGGAAACCUCAACCCAACAAUGGCCUUUAUGUCAGGAAAAUUAAAAAUUAAAGGGGACAUGACCUUGGCUAUGAAAUUAGAAAAAUUAAUGAAGAAAAUGAACUCUAAAUUAUAAAACAAUAUAGAAUGACAGUUGUUGUAUUGUGAGGCAUUAUCCCACUAAAUUCUCUUUUUUUUAAUCCAUAGGCUACCUCAUUGAAACGACCUCAUUGAAACGACAAACUGACUUGACCUUAAACCUAUAGUUUAUUGUAAGGAAUACAGUCGUCUCUUUAUUAAGCUGACUAAGCUGUAAGGCACACUUAUUUGCCUGCCUUUAAGGAUCUGGCUAUAUCAAUCAAUAUAUAUCAAUAUAUAUUACUGAGACUUACAGAGUUUUGGUGAACAGCUGUAAAAUUACAGAUUAAAGCCCUAUUGGCCUUUCAUAUUCUAAGCAGGGCUACUAAAGCUUUCAAUGGAUAAGUCACUUACCAAUGCCAUAUCUAUUAUUAAAAGAAGCAUUUAGUGAGAUAAUGCCAGCAUCCACUGCUAUGAUUUGAGGUACAGUCAUUUAAUAUAUUGUCAGUUCAGUUCAUUGCCAUCAUUUUGCCUGAUCAAAUUUGUAAUAGAUUGUAAUUAAAUUGUUGUUGUACUUUUCACAGUUAGAUUGUAAUAAAUCAAUCAGUAAAGA